AUGGCCCUAUGCACUACUUGCAAUAGCUUCGAUCUGUACCAGAUCUUCAAUUACCCUGACGUGGGUUUGCCAACAAACGUCGUUCUAGAUCGACAAUAUUUUUGGGACGAGCACUUAGACAGUUUGUGCUUCAGGCAUUCUGAUAACAUAUCCCAGAUACAAGCCGCAGCUUCGGCCGGUUGUGGUUUGUGCACGCUUCUAUUCGACGCAUUCAAACGCAAAGAGCCAGGGGCAGCACAACUAGCGGGCGAUCUUCCUAUAAUCCUCACGCAGGGCAAGACAAUAGAAGACUAUAAAAAUGAUCCUCCUCACUUUUCGCCAUACCUAGAGCCGAAACUAAGGUCAUUCUUCGCGAGCCCUGAGGAAGGGCCGAUCAGCCUUUGUGAUCUUGACAUUAGCAUUGAUUAUAAUUCUGUCAACAUACCUUCAAACCUUCCGUUCGAACCGCUCAGCAAAUUGUAUCCUCAUUCUAAGGAUCCCGGCUGUGUGGCGCUUGCUUCAAGAUGGCUCACAUCUUGCCUGGAGAAUCACGCUUGCCCGGCCCCCAACUUAACAGGUCCGAGAUCGCUAAUACGCUUCCUACAUGUCGGAAGUGAGAGUAGAAAUCCGCACCUUGUCGAGUUCCCGCCCAGAGUAUCACUGCGACCAUGGAUUGCUCUGAGCUACCGGUGGGGGGACAGGGAGCCGCCGUUGAAGUUGAUGAAAAGAACAGAAAAGCUUUUGAAAGACGGUGUUGAGAUCUCGGCUUUGGACGCAACCAUCCAGGAUGCAAUCAUCAUCAGUAGGGGGUUAGGGAUUCAAUAUCUGUGGGUUGAUGCACUGUGCAUAUUUCAAGACCAGGAGUCCGAUUGGUUGGAGCAAUCUUCACAGAUGAGUUUCAUCUAUGGACAAUCAACGGUGACCAUCGCCAGCGUGGACACGGAUGAUGCCUCGCAGAGCUUCCUGAGACAGCGGGAAACCCAGUACGUCGGAAUCUCUUGGAAAGAGGAGACGAAUCAGGUCGCCAGUGACGAAUGCCGAAACCCGCCGCAGGUGUACGUCUCGCACUCGUGGCCCGAUCGCAACGACCAGUUGACCGGACCAUGGUCUAAACGUGCCUGGACUCUGCAAGAAGGACUCCUACCAAACCGAAUCUUGUUCUAUUCUUCUCAUCACAUCGCCUGGAAAUGCUGUAGUAUGGUUCGGUACGAGCGAGCCGUCCAACACGUUCCCAUGACUGAGUUCGUUCUCAGCAUUGUGGACGAACCAGGUGGAAGGCCCUUCUGGACGUUCGACCUUUUCACCAAGUUCAAACUCCUGCCAAAGUACCUGGAGAAUCCGGAAUGUCAUUCACUCCAUGAUAGAUAUCGCAUCUGGUACGACAUCGUCGAAGACUACUCUGCUCGAUGUGUGAAAUACCGGCGAGAUCGACUCGUUGCAAUUUCAGGAAUUGCGAGAAUGUAUGGAGCGACCCUCCAAAGCGAUAGGUAUGUGGCAGGUCUUUGGCAGUCAGACAUGCUUCCAGGUUUGUUGUGGUACGCCAAAGGCUUGGAGCUAUUCGGCAACAAACUUGAUCAGUCUACCCAUGAUGUCGAGGUCGAAGCUCCUUCCUGGAGCUGGGCCAACGCUCCUUGUGGGUAUACCAUUCGAAACGACUGGACAAACAAGAGCCUUAGGUCCCUGGCAGCACUGGAAGACGUCAGCUUUGAUCUGGUGGAGUCAAGCAAUCCGUUCGGCGGUGUCUUGCACGCCCAAGUCACCAUACGCGGACCGGUCUGCCGGUUUUCUCGGCUUUACCAUCCUACCUGGCGUUCCGCAUCGAGUAAUCUUUCGGCUUUCGAGCGCCACCUUUCUCGUGUGGUUGAGCUCGAUUACGGUCAGAGAGCAAACGAAUUUUCUGGUGAAGGCUGCUACGCCGCCUUGUUGUUGGUUCAAGAAUUUCCUUCAAUUGAUUGCCGUGUUGAUGCCCUUAUCCUCAGGAGAUCACAGUCACGCAAAGACGAGAGGGGCACGGUCUUUGAACGCCUGGGUGUUUUGCGACUGAGCUUCUACAGCAUACCGACGUCUCCCUCGUUCUUAUCCAGAAGAAUCGGACCUCAGGAACAAUCACUGGACCAUCGCCUCAACUCUAGGGGUGGGGUCCGACGGUCAAAGCGCAUCUUUUGCAGAGAAGUCUUCCAAGAGUAUAAGAGGAGCAGAUGGCCCCGCGAAUCUGUCAGAAUCGUCUAA